AUGAAGGAAUAUUCUGAAGAUUACUUGAAAAAGUUCCAUGCGCUUGGAAUUGAGGGGAGCGCUAACAAAUUAGGAAUAGCCGUAAUAAGAGGUGACGGAGAGAUACUUUCAAACGUAAGAAGAACGUAUUCUCCUCCAGAUGGAGAGGGAUUUCUGCCCAGACAAGUCUCCAAACACCACCGGGAGAAUAUGGCCUCGCUCCUGAUGGAGGCACUUGAGAAGGCAGGGAUAACUUUAUCAGAUUUGAGUCUGAUCUGCUACACGAAGGGGCCUGGUAUAGGUUCGGGACUACAUGUGGGAGCUUUAGCAGCUAAAACUAUACAUUUUAUCACCGGAAAACCAAUUGUGGGAGUUAAUCACUGCGUGGCACACGUUGAAAUGGGAAGGUUUCUGAGUGGAUAUAAGAAGCCGGCAAUACUGUACGUUUCAGGAGGAAACACCCAGGUUCUCUCCUAUGACGAAAAAAGGAAAGUUUACUCGGUUUUGGGUGAGACCCUUGAUAUAGCAAUUGGAAACGUGUUGGACAGAAUAGCAAGGCUCUUGCACCUUCCAAAUAAGCCUGCUCCAGGCUUAUCAAUAGAGUUACAAGCCAGGAAAUCGUCAAAGAACCUUAUUCCACUACCUUUUGUAGUUAAGGGCAUGGACUGCUCCCUUAGUGGCCUGUUAACGAAAUGCGAGGAUUUGAUUGAGCAUUUCAAGACGAAGCUUAUUAUGAGCGAAGACUCGGCCUUUGAGUACGAGCAGUUCAAAGUUGACCUUUGCUUUAGUGUCCAAGAACACACUUUUGCAAUGUUGAUUGAAAUGUUAGAAAGAGCCAUGUCAUUUACUGAUUCCGAUGAGAUAUUAUUGGUUGGGGGAGUUGGGUGCAAUUUAAGGCUUCAAGAAAUGGCGAAUUUAAUGGCUAAGGAAAGAAAUGCAAAGCUGUUUCCCAUGGAUGAACGUUACUGUAUUGAUAAUGGCGCAAUGAUAGGAUACACUGGGAUGAUUGAUUAUUUAUACGGUCUGAAAGAAAAGUGUGUGUUAGAACCGAAAGAAGUAACAGUUUCGCAGCGUUAUAGGACUGACCAGGCUCCAGUUCACUGGAUUGAGUAA